CGAUAUUCUGGAAAUUAUUCUGAAAUCAACAAUAUUUUGAAUUAUUUUAUUUAAUUAGCGUUGAUUAGGAAAAACUAAAAAAAUGAAUGAGAUUAGUGCGAGAUGAGCUUUUUUUGAGGAGAGUGAGAGCUGGAUGAGCUUUUUUGUAAGAGAGUGAGAUGAGUUUGUCUCCGGCUUCACCACCCUCAAACUCUUCUAGGCUGGGGAGGUUCUUUGACUCGCUUGUGAAGAAACACUGCUGGGCUAAGGCUGACACGGUGCCUGGCCGCCACCCAGACCGGUGGCGCAAGGAUUCCGCCGGCAACAUAGUCUGCAAACGCUUCUGCAAUUGUCAAGGCUGCCUCUGUUUUGAAUAUGAUCACAUUGUCCCUUUCUCCAAAGGCCAGUCACUCUCUAGCCCUACCAUGUCUACCUACCCACUAAAUAACUGAUCUCAAAUUUUUCUUCUAUGGAUGGAAUUGAAGAAUUUAGGGGUUUCUAACCUUUCCUCUAUGUUUUAUUGUCUAUGAUUUAUCGUUUUCCGUGCUUUUUUGAAAUUCUUCCGUUAGCUGCUCAAAUGUUUCAGUUCUUUCUUGAAAUAAAAUAUGCAUUUUAUUAUAUCACAGGAGGUGAAUCAGUGGCUGAGAAUUGCCAGAUUCUCCAAACGAGAGUGAAUAGACUCAAAUCAGAUAAGAAUGAGAUUGAUGUUACUCGGUUAAAGGGAUACUCAUGCGAUAUCAAGUUCACUGAUAAAGAGCUUGAUAUUAUUGAAAUGGCAGUUUAUGGAGAUGUUGUCAGGCCUGGAAAACAAUGCCGUUGCAGAACUAUCGAUGAAGUGUUGGGAAAACACAAGCCCAAGGACCACACAGCUGCUUGUACAUUGCCAUAUGACAAUCAAUCAUUAUAGCAUGCAAUGAUUUAUAAACAGCGUGAACUCUCUAAUUUAUAGCUUUCUUUGGGGCAUAACUUGCAAAAACUGGCUUUGCAGUAUACAGCUAACACUUGUUCACCAACUUUUCAAGCCUAACUGGUAAAAAUGUCUCCUGAAUAAUGGUCACGGUUCUAGUUCUUAUCUGAAACUAGAACAAGAUCGGCCUGUUUAAUAAAAAACUUACAAACGUAUUUUCCUGCAUUUUUUUUGCUUUUCCCAUCAAUAUCUCUUUUGGGAAUAAGGCUUGAAUGUAGUUGUUGUUUCCAUCAAUAUUUCCAAAACACAUUUGUGAUCAGUUUGUGGUUAUUAUACAUGCUUAAUUGUGAUAAUUUUUCAUUGUUA